UUGGUGAAGAAGUUUGCUGUAGGCGUCGUCGUUGAGGUUAUUCGUGUCGGAAAGGACAAGUUUUGUCAGAUGGAGACAUACAGCGCUAGCUACUUUAUUUUUGUGCCGUUACUGUAGAAGGUCACCACAUACUACUGUACGAGGCGUGACUCGAGUGUGCACGACAAUGUACUGGUUUAGGGAAGGAAUGUGUUUUUUACCAACCUUUUUGGUCAUUUGGUCUUCGAGCACUUUCAUAAUUUCCUACAUAAUUGCGUUGGUGAGACAUGAUGUCGAUGUUAUCUUUCCCUACAUAAGUGACACGGGUGCGGACCCUCCUCAGAGUGGGAUAUUCGGGGUGAUGACCACGGUCACUGCAUUUACAAGUAUGCUUACCAUGUACGCGCGCUACAAGUUUGUGCAGAAGUUAGAAGAGAUCCAAGGGUGCCGCUCCAAGCUGAAUAAGUGGGCCCUCUGGAUCGGACUGAUUUCCUGCUUGGGAAUGUGUUUUGUGGCAACUUUUCAGGUGACGCUGGUGACAGAGGUCCACGAUGCGGGUGCUUUAGUUUUCUUUGUCUGCGGGGUGACUUAUACCCUCCUUCAGUCCAUCAUCUCCUACCGCAUGCAUCCUUACGGGUCCUCCAUGGCUUUGUGCCACACCCGAAUGGUCAUCUCCAUCAUCUCUGUGCUGGCCUCCUUUCCCAUGAUCAUCUGUGCGUUCUUUGUGCCGACGAAGCUGCACUGGGACACACAUGACAAGGAGUUUGCCUUCCACUUAGCCAGUGCAAUCAGUGAGUGGAUAGUGACCUUCUGCUUUGUCUUCUUCUUCUUCACCUACAUCCGUGAGUUCAAGUGUUUCAAACUGACCCUGAAUGCUGAGAUGCUGGUCAACUGAGAAUUGUGUGGCAGGACUUUCAUCCUUUUAAAUCUUGUUUAAUGAGUAUUUUUUAUAAAAGUGUUGAUAUUUUCAGAUAUAUUUUUGUAAAAACUUA